AUGAGUCUCCAUGGAAAGAUAGCCAUUGUCACCGGUUCUUCAGGCGGUAUCGGCCGCGCCAUUUCACUUAAGCUUGCCGGCGUAGGUGCUGUGGUUAUCUGCGGUGACAUCCAAGAAAAGGUUCCGGGUGAUAAAGUGUCAACCCAUGAAACUAUCAUUCAGAGCGGAGGGACCGCUGAAUACGUGAUGUUGGACGUGACCGAGGCGGAGCAAGUGGAAAGCGCAGUACAACAUGCCGUUCAGAAGUUUGGGAGAUUAGACAUAAUGAUAAACAACGCCGGUGUCGCCCUCGAAGCGAACUCGCCAAAGCCCAUCUGGGACUUCAGCCAGGAAAUCUGGACCAGAGACGUCGCCAUAAACUCGACGGGCGUCUUCCUAGGCUGUAAAUACGCCUCUGCGCAGAUGAUCAAACAGGACCCCCUGCCUUGCGGAGAUAGGGGCUGGAUCCUUAAUCUCUCCAGUGUCUUCGGCCUACACGGCUCACCUGGAGUAACGGGGUAUGUCUCAUCAAAACAUGCGGUUAUGGGCGUUACCAAGGCUGCGGCGAUGGAUUGUGCGCCGUAUCGGAUUCACGUGAAUGCAUUAUGUCCUGGGUACACCGAUACCCCGUUUAUCAAGGACUUGAACUCGGAGAAACGAGCGGUGGUACAGCAAAUGCACCCAUUCCGUGGUCUGGGGAUGCCAGGGGAUAUUGCGAAUGCUGCUCUCUUUCUAGUCUCAGAGGAGAACUCGUGGAUUCAUGGUGUUGGUCUUCCGGUUGAUGGUGGGUAUACAGUUAUGUAG